CUAAAGGAGCAGAAGAAGAGAGCGAGUAGAAAGACAGACGAACACCGACCGAGAAUUUUCUUUUUUACUUGAUUGAUUGACGGGCAGUGGAAAAUUGUUUCCCUUGUGGAUCUGAAUGAUACUAGAUUCGUUCAUAAGAGUUGUUGAAUCUGCCCUCUUUAUUUGCUAAAAAAGGAGGAGAAUUUUGCUUUGCUUCCGCUUUGGUUUUUGUUCGUCCGCUAGCUGUUUGGUUGCUGGUUGAAGAUGGUGAAGAAGGAAGGACCUUGUUACCAUUGCGGAACCAUGAGGAGUCCUCUUUGGCGACACGGGCCACCGGAGAAGCCAGUGCUCUGCAAUGCGUGUGGGACAAGAUGGAGGACAAAGGGUACAUUGGAUAAUUACACACCAGCGCGUCGUCCCGAAGAUGCGGAAGCGGAGACGAAACAACCCAAGAAAAGGCCCAUCCGCAGAAUGGCAAAGAAAAAACCAUCUUUAGGAACCAUGCUAGGGGAUGCUGACACAAGCAAUCCAUCUGGUUUUGGUUCAGCGGUAUCGUAUUCAGGUUCAGCGCAAUCACAUGCUCGGGAGUCACCGGUACCAUCAAGAAAAAAGACUUUUGUCCGUCGUCGUAAGCUUUCAGUGGUAGAAACGCUUGCAGAGGAUCUCAACUCCAUAAUGCACGAAGAGAAGUUAUGUUCUGGUUCAGGGGUUCGUACCAUUCCAGGAUCCUCGGAGGAAGACCUGAUUUAUCAUAGAAAAAGUCCUGCUGGAUCCUUUGAGAUUGGUUAUGGAAGCAUGCUUCUUAGACAUCCUGCAGAUAGCAAGUCAUACAUUACAAGUGGAUCCUAUUCAUAUCCAGGGCCUGCCUCAUUUGGUCUGCAUAGUGGAAGAAAUAAAGCGAGCAACUCAAAUGCCGCAUCUGAGAAGCUAAUGUGCUCGCCGAUGCGGGCGCAUGAGAGUGCUAGGAGGGAUAGACCUGAUUAUCCGAAGCAGCGUAUCCUGGAAAAUAUGGAUUCAGCUUUAGUUUCGGUACCUGUAGAGUUUGGAUUUCCAAGCUGA